AUGGCCUUCCCCCCACAGUAUCGAGAGGCUCCUCCUGCUCUGCCGAGCAUCAUCGUGCCUGGAUCCGGCGCCAAUCGAUACAGAGACGACCUCACCUUCUCAAGAAGUCCGGCAAUGGCCAUCCCUGGCAUGGAUACACGAGACGACGUGCCCCCUCCGCUGCCUCCUCCACGGGUGCUUCCCUUUGGCGACGCCCCUACGCAAUACCGUGACGACUCAAAAGACAAGAAAGAGUAUUCUCGUGGUUCUUCUUUCGCCAGCCGCUCAUCCUUGGCGAGUGGUUACGGCAGCAUGAGCCCUUGUCACCUGGAGGAGCGACCGGGCUACAGGAGAAGGGAAACUGGAAGCAUCAAUAGCGACGAGGGUUAUGCCAGCUAUGCUUCAACAGAGAGAUCUCGCGAUUCCAUCCCCACCGAGCCAUUUGGACUUCACCACAACAGAUUCCAAUUCCAAUCAGCAGCUGAUAUUCACGGCGAUAGCAUGAAGAGCCUGCUGACUCCCAUCCGCACGCUGGAGAGAUCGCCUCCACGCUCUCUUCUCACCAACUCCAUGAGUGACAUUGCUCGAGGGCUUCAGAAUGAGGGCCGGUUUGCUCCCAGCUUCAACAACCUUCCCAUCCAGCUCCCCAUCCACAGCCGCGCAACCUUUGAGUCACAAACCCGAGACUCGCCCACCUUUUCUGCCGUCUCUCCCCUCUCCACGCCAUUCUACCGAUCCCCGAUUGACCGCCGCUCGCCCUAUGACAGCUCAGAACCCGACCGCUCGCCCCGAGGCAGAUCAAGGCGGAACAACAGCGACGAUGCCACCUCUACCCAGGGCAGCUUUGCCGACGACAUGGACAUGGAGGAGACGUCGUCAUUGAAGAGGCUGCACAUUGAAGAUGCGUACGCAAGUGCCGGACAGAAGCGACGGGCAGCCAGCCCUGCAUCGGACGACCUUGGCCUCCACAUGAUUCCUGGCCAGGGCGCCUCUCGCGGCUCUCCCACCCCUCGCCUAUCGACGGGCGCCCAAACCGCGACGUCCAUUCUCUCUAGCGCGCCUUCGCGAUCCGGCUUCCUCAUGUCUUCCAUCUCCAUCCCCUCUACGACUACCGCUAGCUGCUCCUUCGGCCACCGCUCCCCCGGUGGGGUCUCACCCGGGGCCCUCUCUCCCACAUCAUGCACCUCUCCAUACAACACGCCCGCAUCCCUCAACCCAAGCCCCAAGACCUCAGUUGCCAGCAGGGCAUCUCUGCACUCACGGACCACGUCAGGCGCCGGCCCGCGGAAGCUCGCCGAGAUGGCCAAGCCCGCGGGAGCCAAGUUUCAGGGGUUCUACAUGUGCGAAUGCUGUCCCAAGAAGCCCAAGAAGUUUGAGACAGCUGAAGAGCUCAGUGCUCACGAAGCUGAAAAGCAGUAUGAGUGCAGCUUCUGUGGCAACAGAUUCAAGAACAAGAACGAGGCCGAGCGACACCAGAACUCGCUUCACGUGCGUCGCCAUUCAUGGUCAUGCUCUGCACUAUCUGGCUACAAUCGGGCGUUCCACGAAUCGACGACGCAUCCCGGCGAGGCCGAUGCAUGCGGCUACUGCGGGGAGGAGUUCCCUCGUUCGGGACUUGGAGCGAGAGCCGGCUUACUGAACGGAGGGAUCCAGGCAAGGCACGCCACUGACCAGGACUGGGAAGAGCGCAUUCGACACCUACAGGAGCAGCACAAGUUCAGAGAGUGCAACUCCUCCAAGAAGUUCUACAGGGCCGACCACUUUCGGCAGCAUCUCAAGCACAGUCACGCAGGCACCAGCGGCAAGUGGACCAACAUGCUGGAGAAUGCUUGUCUGAUGGAAGAGGACCCUUCCCCAAGGUGA